CCUCUGCAUUGCUCUUGGGACAAUUCUGCCUGCAGAAGCAUGUUCUGAUGCUGAGAUUAGAGAGAUGCGGGCCGCCUGGCAGAUUUAUGGUAAACAACUACAUGACACAAAAAACGAACUGUCAAAAGUCAAAGCCGAAGUGGUGGAACUGAAAGCAAAGCAAGAGAAAGGAAUGAUAGCCUUCUCCGGAGCUCUUCCCAAUGGAAUAAGAGAUGAAGCACAUUUGCGUUACACACGACUCUUCACCAAUGUUGGGAAUGCUUACAACUCCACAACAGGAGACUUCACUGCUCCAGUGAAGGGAGUCUACUUCUUUACCUUCGUCAUCCUUGCCUCCAACAGCCGCAACAGCGGCGCCAUUCUCACCAGGAACGGUGAUGUGGUGCUCACGUCUCAUGACUUGAAAGGGAGCGGAGAUCCCACUGACACGACAACCAACUCGGUGGUUCUGCAGCUGGAGGCGGGAGAAAAUAUCUCAAUGCAACAGUGGUUGGGCUCACGUCUCUAUGAAACCAACAACAAGCACAACACCUUCAGCGGGUUUCUGCUCUUUGCUUUGUAG